AGUGGAAUGAGUUGAGCGGGCGCGUGUAAACACCUGUUUAGAAGGCGAGUGUUGACGACCGAAUUCCACCACCAGACAGUGAUGUCGGCAUGGCUGGGGGAUGGUGAGGUCCUGGAGGGGGAGGGCAGUGGCAUGACCAGCCCCCGCCCCCCCCGUAGCCCCCGCCCAAGGGGACGAGGUGGCAGCAGCAGCAGCAGCACUGUCAGCAGCCCAUGGGGGCGAGGGGGUGUGACGUCCCCUAGUGCCCAGGAUGCCCUGUCGCUCAGCGGGCACCAGGAGGGCAUGGGCAAGGCCAAAGAGCUGUUUGAGCUGUGUGACAAAGAGGCCAAGGGCUUCAUCACCAAAAGAGACAUGCAGCGGUUGGAGGGAGAGUUGCCGUUGUCUCCUGACCAGCUUGAGGUAGUGUUUGAGAGUCUGGACAGGGACAGCAAUGGAUUCCUCACGCCCAUGGAGUUCCACACUGGACUAGGAGCACUUGUGGGUGAGCAGGAGAUGGAAACACACACGGAGCCCCCCGCGGAGGAGAGCAAGCGGAAGGAGGACCCUGGGCAGCUGAGAUUCACACAGAUCCUGGCAGAGCUGGGGGCCGAUAGAGUCUUCAGAGAUCAGUGGCAGCUGUGUGCCCUGUGGUCUGAGCUCCAUCGGGAGAGGCCUGAGCUGCUGAGUGUGCUGGAGGAGGUGUUCUCCCAGGCUGUGGCUCACCUGCAGGACUCACUCAGGGAGAAGGAGAGUUUGGAGCAGGCACUGAUCAGGAGGGAAUACGAGCAUGACCGUGAGGUGCAGUCUAUCUACGAGGACAUGGAGAGCCAGAUCAGAGAGGAGAGGGAGAAACGAAAAGCUCAGGACAGUAUGAAGCCACUGGACAGAAGUGAGCAGCUGCAGGAGGAGCUGAUGAUGUGUGAGCAGGAGCUGGAGUUCACCCUCACCAAACAGAGAGAGUUGGAGAGUAGGAUGUCCAGUCUGCGUGCUGAGCAGGCAGCCAGUCAUGAGCAGAACCAGCUUCUUCACGGCCUCAAUCUGCAGUUGCAGGAGCAGCUGGACACCAGCAGAGAGGGGCUGCAGACGGCCCUCAACCAGCUGGAGCUGCUGCAGACCAGCAUCAGCCAGGAGACACAGGGACGGGAGAGAGUGGUGUUGAAGGUGUCCAGGAACAUGCAGAGAGAGAAGGAGAGUCUGAUGAGGCAGCUGGACCUGCUCCGGGACAUGAAUAAGAGACUGCGGGAUGACAAGGAUGCCCAUCAGUCUCAGAAGAGGAUGUGUGGCAGGAAGCGGCCGCUGGAGAAGAAGGGCUCAGUUAUAGGUGACUACAUGCAGCAGGUCCUCCCUGCCACUAGGCACGUGAGCUCCAGCAGUGAAGGGGCCAACUGCUUUGUAGACCGGCUAGCAGAGGCCGGAGAUAGCAGAGCAACAGCCAAUGGGAGAGCAGGGAUUGCUGACGGACAUUCAGAGAGUACAGAGCCCCAGUCUCCCCAGGGCACCGGUGUGGUGUGCCCGCAGCGGGUGUUCAAGGUGGUGUUCCUGGGGAACUCUGGGGUGGGCAAGAGCUCCUUCAUUCACCACUACUGCAGGGGCAGCUUCCCCAACAACCUCUGCUCCACUGUCGGUAUAGAUUUCCAGGUGAGGAACGUCCAGCUGGAUUCUUGCACCAUUGCUCUUCAGCUGUGGGACACUGCAGGCCAGGAGAGGUUCCAUAGCAUUACUCAGCAGUACUACCGCAAGGCAGACGGAAUCCUGGCCGUCUAUGACGUCACAAAGGCCCCGUCCCUGGCCUCCGUCACUGGCUGGCUCAACCAAGUGCAGGAAAGGGUGUCAGAGGGUGCUGUGCUGAUGCUGCUUGGGAAUAAGUCAGACAUGGCAGAGAGGGAGGGGAGACAGGUGCCCCAGAGAGAGGGCCAGAAAGUGGCAGAGCGGUACCAGGCGGAAUUCUUUGAGUGCAGUGCCAAAAGUGGACACAACGUCGUGGAGGCCAUGACACAGCUGGCCAGGCUGCUCGCCCUACAACAGGACAGACAGUGCGAGAGCGCCCUUCUGCUCGGCGGCCAAUCUACCGCUAGAGGGCGCUGUUGUAAAUGAUAUGGAAGGCCCGUGAGGGAGUGCAGCGUCACAUGUGGACACGGGUUGACAGACGGUGGCGCAGAACGGAACCCAACUUUUGAACCAGUGAUUUAGGUUCAAGUUGAUCAAAGGUCAACGCAGAAACAGACUGUGUUUUUUCUUUUCAAAAUCUUCAACGAUCCAAAGGAAUGUAGCAAAUGUUGAAAGAAAUUAUAUGUUACAACUUUAUGUUUGUUAUAUAGGGAUGAAGUCAGGUAAAUGUGCCACUUUUUGGUCAAUUAUCCUUAAACACCAUUGAAAUGUGCAUCGGAACAACCAAGAGUGCUCUCAGUGCCAGUCAGUUCACCUCUACAAUUCUGUGUUGAAAAUAGAAAAGCAAAAUUAAGUGUUUUAAGCUCCAGAGCUGUUUACGUAGCUACAGGAUCUCCCCCUCUAAUCAGGUCAAAUGGGCCAUGGAUGAGGCUAGAAGGGGCUAUUGAAAUUAACUACAAGUAUGCAUCAUUCUGAUUAAUAAAAUCAAAUAUUGUUUAUUGUA